UCUACGUUACAUAUACUCGGCCCCCAUCGACACAACACAUUUUCCGAUAUGGCCGCCACGGUUGCCACUGCCGAGGCUGACGACACCGAGCGUCCUGCUAUCCGUUUGGACUCGGUCCCAGUUGUUGAUCUCCGCCUCCUCACCCAGUCAGAACUCUACACUCUCUCUAUAUCGUCGGACUCCUCAUUCGAUCCCAACCGCUGCGACGAGGUCGUUAUCCCCAAAAUUAACCGCGCCGUUUUCAAUGAAUCCGCCGGUAGCCGUAAACAGACCUACUCUCGUCUCCGUCUUGCCUCGGCGGAGUCCUCCUCCACAACCACCAAGACCACCACCCUUCACCGACGCACACCUCACCUCCGGGCGUCACAUGCGCACCCUUCCAACAACAUUAAUGACCCAGAGCAAGCGGAAAACUCUCAAAUCAUCCGUAUGUUGAAACAACUCUGCAAGUCAGACCCGAAUUUCCAGGAUGUAGAUCAGAUGGAAGCCGAAAACAACAGCAAUUCCGUUGUGCCUGAAUUUUUGAGUACUGAAAACCUAGGGAUAAAGAGAAAAAGAGGGAGACCGCGGAAGCAUGAGAAUGUGGUAUUUCUUCGUCCCCCAACCGCUAAGAGAAUUCGGCAUAAUACGGUUAAGAAAGUCGUUGUAUAUGAUAAUGAGAUGGAUAGAGAAAUCGUAAAUGAUAGUGGUGUACCAGUAAAUAUGGCUACACUUGCCGGACUAGACGAUCCCUACGGGCCGGAGAUUAGGAGGAGGACGAUGGGAAUGUCGACGGAGGAUGACUUGUUAGGGUUUCUGAGAGGUAUGAAUGGACAGUGGGGGAGUAGGAGGAGGAAGAGGAGGGUUGUGGAUGCAAGGGAAUUCGGUGAUGUUUUACCGAAGGGCUGGAAGCUGAGUCUCUGCAUCAAAAAGAAAGAAGGCCGUGUUUGGUUAUUCUGUCGACGCUACUUAAGUCCUAGUGGUCGGCAGUUUGAGUCAUGCAGAGAAAUAUCCGCAUACUUGAACUCUGUUGUUAAACAAGAAAACUCGGAGAAACAAAAUCAUGUGAACAUUAACACUUCUGAUAACUUUGCUUUGGAAGGAGCUUCUGUGAAUGCUGUGGAUCUUGUUAUACAACAAGACAUCAAAACAGAUGACCCUGUUGACAAUCCAUCAUCAUCUUCAUCACCACCAACACCACCAGCAGCAGCGCCACCUGUACCUACAAAAUGUGAGGAGCAAGUCACCAUUGAUGAAAUGGAGGUGGAAGCUCAUGACACCAAAAGAUCUGAACUUGUUACACCAGUUAAUGAGCAUAUUGAAUGCAAUGUGGAAAAUGAAAGAGAGAAAGUUGAACCAUCACUUCCUCCAGCUACAGAAUUGGAUUCUGAUCCUAAUUUGAUGACUGAUGCUCCUAACAAUAAGUCUCUAGCAACAGUUUCUUCUGGAGACAAUGUUGUCGUUGAGACUCAUGAUGCACAUUCUAAUGACAACGUUGAACCUGCUUCUCAUGACCUUAAUAUUAUGUCUCCUAGCAAACAGGAUGGAAAUAGUAAUGUAGAUAGAGGUGUCUGUAUUGAAGAAUCCUGUCAUAAGUCAGGUGAAAAAAGUAUUACGAAUGAUGAAGUCUCUCAAACAGAUCAAGAUCCUGAUGUUUCUGUUUCUCAAUCUGAACUAUUAGGUGAUGAAACUGAAACUCCCCUGUCCAUUAAUGAAAACACCAGAAACACUGAAACUUUAGGUGAAUCCCAUGUUAAUUCUGUUGACAAUAAGUUGGAUUCCAAUCUUGAUCAGGGUAUAAAUUCGGAAAGCUUUAUGCUUUCUUCAUUUCCAAAUGAACUAGUGGGCAAUCAAGAUUCAGUUUCUGAUCAGCCAAUCAAUCAAGAUUCAGUUUCAAUCAAUCAAAAUUCAGUUUCUGAUCAAGAAAUCAAUCAAGAUCCAGUUUCUGAAACCGGGGUUACAUUUGUUGAUUCCAUUCCAGACCAAUCAGAUUCCAUCCCUGAACAGAUGGGUAGUAAAGAUCAUGUUGGUACAACUGCUAGUAUUGAAUUGCCCAAUCCUGCAGUAAAAACAAUUGAAGAAAACAGUUUUGGUGCAAAAAUGGAUAUAGAUAUUGAUAUCAAGGCUGAUGAGGUGGCAACCGAAAAGGAGAAAUCUGUUGGUGAGUCAUCAUCUGUUUUUUUCCUUGGUCGUUUUGGGCUGGAUAAAGAUGGUGCAACUGUAGUCAAGAAGCUUUCUACUAAAACAAACCGUGUUCCAGUUAAAAUUGUCAAUAGUGAAACCCUAAUAUCUCCCCAAAAACAAGACUCUCCAUCUGUUCAUAACCUUGCUCCUGACACAUUCAAUAAUGUAAAUAAACUCUCAUCUGGUUUAUCAAGUUCUGGACUUGAUGGGCAAUUUGAUUUCAGGACAAAUGAUUUUGGCAGCUUUGGUCCAUCUCUGUCACCAUGGCAGGAGGAAGAGUGUGAAAAUAAAAAUCUUGGAAAUGAUAUUUCUUUUCCUAAUAUGGAGGAACCCCAAAUUCCUUCAAAUAAACAAGAGGAAGAUAAAUUAGAUGACUUCCAAACUUUUAGGAAUAAUGAAGCAAAAGGUAACGAAUCAGUUACAUCUUUGGGCAGCAAUCUUGAAUUCUGCUCACUUAUUCCAUCUGAAAACGAUCAAGAAUUUGGUUUUCAAGAUUGUCUGUAUGAAAGAGCCAUGGAGGAAUGUAAGCAGGAAGAGAGUUCUGAAAGGGGAUUACUUGAUCAUUUCUCCAUUGCUGACACAUCAGAUGAUAUUUUUGAGAAUAAGAUGUAUUCUACAUCGUUAGGUGGGCUGAAAUUUGAUGAAGACAGAGAUAUUAGCAGCAAUGAGUUGAGUCUUGCUUUUGGGAACCCUCAUGAGCUGUAUCCAGAUUCUCUUAGAGUGGAACAGAAGAAAGAUCUUGUAGCUCCAUCCAAGAUGGAUGAAACUUUUGGUGUCCAUACUAAUUUGAGUAUGGUUAACAAUAGCAUGGUGGAUGAUCUGAAAGGGGGAAGAGGGUUAUUUAACCUUGGUUGUAAUGAUAAAAGUAGUAGCUUUCAGAAUCAGGGUAACACGGUUUACCCUGGUAGGGCAUGGGAGGAUCUGAAAAAUUCAGGAAACAAGUUUAGUAGUGGUUUUGGAAGCCAGAGUCAUGCAGAAGUUGUACCUGGUGGUGGUAUGUGGAAAAGUGGUGAUGGAAAUCAAAAUCAACAAAUGAGAAGUGGUUUAUCCAACUCUUCCUCACAUGCCCAGAUACCAUACCCUAGCUCUUUUCACUCCUUCAAUAUAAUGUCUGAAAAGGCUGGAGAUGGAGAGUUUAGAGUUGAUGAAAGUUUCUUAACAGCAGGUAGAUCACAACAUAAUCCACAUGCACAUGCACUUGAAGGGAGGGAUUCAAGGGGGGCGUAUCCAAUUCCAUACAAUGUGAAUGUGAACGUGGAGAUGCCAAUGGAGCAACAGUUUGAUUCCUCCUCAUUUUGGCUUGGAAAGAACACCACCAUGAAUAUGAUGCCAAAUACAAAUACAUCUGGAAGUGGAAGGAAUCAUCAGCAGAUUACAAGUCAUGUCCGGACAUGUCAACAUGUUAUAGAACUGUUUUUUUCACUUCCUCAACAACGUAAAGGUUAAAUUAGAGGGAUGUUUCUGCUUCAACUAAUUAUCAGCAGUUGAUGGAUUUUGCUCAAUUCUGGUAUAUGCUUCUUGAAAGCAGGUUCUAAUGUGUAGUUAUUUCAAACAUUCUUAGACUUUUAUCAAAUGGUUCUCUUUGCAAAGACACAAGUUAGUAUUAGUAAAAUCUUCACAUUUUCAUUAUCUUCUUCUAUAUUGUGAGGAUAAAUGAAGGUGGAAUUGGGGUUUUAUUUAUUUGAUUUAAGGAUAAAUAGGACAUCACGAAAAGAAAAGAUGGGGAACCAACCAGUCUUUUUUUUUUUUUUCCCAAGAUAUGUUUUAUU